AUGAAUGACACAAACAAUGAAAAGAAGGAAUUCUUCGAGAGUUGUGUUUACUUUCCUCGACUGAACUCCGAUCGGAUCCAAACCAUAGACUUCUUGAACGCAUCCAAAAGUGUGGUUCAAUUCGUGGAACUGUUGGGCAAAGGCUUCCUUCCCGUCAGACAUGAUAUGAACGGAAAUAUCGAUAAAUUGAUGAAAAUAUACGAAACAAAUGAACAGAAGUUUGCAUUUUUGGAUCAAAUAGUGUCCGAAGAGAAACAGACAUUAAGUGAAAGUGACUUUCAUUUGGGAACCGAUGCUCUCAUUUGGUUGACCCGAGCUCUCGAUUAUAAUCUCAUAUUUCUGUCACUCUUUGUGUCGGACUUCGAAGAAGAGAAGCGCAGCGAAGAUCUGAGCGAUUAUUUCGCCAAAGCAUACGAUCAGACACUCAAGAAAUACCACAAUUGGUUCGUUCAACAGAUCGUCUCAUUGUGUCUGUUGUCCGCUCCCAACAGGUCUUCACUCCUCAAGUGUUUGACUUCAGAGAAGCCGACGAUUGACGAAAAGAUCACUUUCGCUGCGAUUAACGAAUAUCUCAUUUCGUCGAUUACGUGUAAUCUCUUGAAAACAAUGAUCUUAUGUGUUGGUCCCACCGGUUCCGGGAAGACAUUGCUAUUGAAAAGACUUCAAGACAUCGACUUUCAGAUCAACAACUAUUUGGACAUUCCCUCUACGGUGUCAACCGUUGGAACUAAUAUUGUUUUCAUCAAAACAAAGACAAAAACACUGAGUAUUGAAGAAGUCGGCGGAUCUAUGGCCGAGAUAUGGAGUCAAUACUACGGCGACUGUCAGGCAAUCAUUUAUGUCAUCGAUUCGACUAAUCUGUCGACAAUCGGAGACUCCUGUGUCUCACUCUUUCAGAUGAUGUCCGACACUAAUGUCAAGAAUAUUAAACCAGUUCUUAUAGUUCUCAAUAAAACAGACAUCAACUGUAGUGCGAGUAAAGAGGAGAUCCGAUAUCUCUUAAUGAUCGACCAUUUGAUUGAUUCACUUCCCGAUCAAAAAGUCGAUGUCUUUGACGUGAGUUGUGUCACCGGAAAGGUGGUAUACAAACCAAACCCCAACUCGAUAUUCAUGCGGUCCUACGGAGGCUAUCUGUUCCUGGGAUUGUGUGGUGCGGCGGUGGUGUGCCAUCAGUUGCGGGUCAAGUACUUGCCUCCAGGCCACAGAUUCCUCGCCGGAGUCUCCAGACUUGGAUACAAACUGCACUUCACACCAGUCAAGGACUGAUUGAUGGAUGCAUUAGACUUUUAUUAGUUAUAUAUAUGAAUAGAUGUACAAAAUUAACAAAUUAUAUGUCAUUUAAAUACAUUUAAUGAUUAAAGCGAUAGAUCUUUGAUUAGAUGUAUAAGUGAUUGGCAAUGGCUUUGAACGCAGAUUUUGAUUGCAUUUUGUUUGGUGGAGUCAAACAGAUCUGUGAUCUCUUCACUCAAUACAACAC